AGCGAGAGAGAAAGAGAGAGAAAUGGCUGUGCUGUGCUUAAUAAAACACUAGCUUGUAGCUCUCAAGACUUUUCUCUCUUUUCCUUCUCUCUCUCUCUCUCUCUAGGGAUUGAAGAGUCGUAGCAGCCACACAUAUCCACUCUCCCAAACACCAACCCCCCUUCUCUCUCUCUCUCUCAAAAAAAAAAAAAAAACACGAAAGGUAAAAAUGGAUUGAUAAUUCGAAUCUCCAUCGAAUUAGGUCACUUUGUCACUCCAUUUCCCUUGGAAUCAAUCAGGGUUUGGUGUUUUUGUUGGUGUAGUAUUUACGAUCUCUGAGUCGGCGUCGUCUUUCUGUAAAUUUGAAGCCUAUAAAAUCACUGGUUUUCUGCUAUGGAAGAUACACAGUCAGUUGCUACACUCGUAGACUCAACUACCUCUAAGAUACAGCAGCUUCAGAAAGCAUUUGCUGAACUUGAAAGUCAUCGUGCUAUAACACUUAAUAUGAAAUGGAAAGAACUUGAGGAACAUUUCCAUGGGCUUGAGAAGUCCUUGAAGAGACGCUUCCAUGAGUUGGAAGACCAAGAAAAAGAGUUUGAGACAAAAACAAGGAAAGCUCGAGAGAUUUUGCAAAAGCGUGAAGCAGCUGUUGUAGCCAAGGAACAAGCCUCAUUGUUGAGGUUACAAGAAAAGAGAGAUGCUGCUGUUUUUGCCAUUACUAAUUCUCUAGAGAAGCAUAGGAAGUUAUCAUCUGAAGAGCCUGCUGAUGUCAGCUGUGAUGGAGACAGUGGUGAACUGUCGGUUGAGGAGAAACCACCUGAUUCUGUAGCUUCUGAAAGUAACUUGGAGGACAUCAAAAGUUCUAUUGAGAAUGGAAAUUUUGAGGUGAAAUCUUAUCCCCAACUGGUAAAACUAUGUGAAGAGAUGGACUCUGAAGGACUGCACAAGUUUAUAUCAGAUAACCGAAAGAACCUUGCUGCCCUAAAGGAGGAAAUCCCUUGGGCAUUGAAAGCUGCAGCAAGCCCAGCUUGCUUAGUCCUGGAAUCUUUGGAAGGAUUUUACCUUUCAGAAGUGCCAAAUGUGGAUGGAAAGAAAGAUUCAAAUCUAUUGGGUCUCAGGCGAACCUGUAUCAUGUUGAUGGAAUGUCUUAGCUUUUUGCUAAGUAAUCUGGAUGUGGUUUCUGUUUGUGCUGUAAUCUCUGAAGAUAUUAAGGAGCAAGCAAAGUCGAUUGCUGAGGAAUGGAAACCAAAGUUGGAUGCUCUUGACAUUGAUGCUAGUAAUGGUAACUCAUUAGAAGCUCAUGCUUUCCUGCAACUCCUUUCUACUUUCGGUAUUGCCUCUGAUUUCAAUGAGGAAGAACUUUCAAGGCUGAUACCAAUGGUCUCUCGUCGUCGACAAACAGCUGAUCUCUGCCGUUCCCUUGGUUUGUCUGAAAAAAUGCCAGGUGUAAUUGAAGUUCUGGUGAAUAAUGGAAGGCAGAUUGAUGCAGUUAACCUGGCUUUUGCAUUUGAGCUUACAGAGCAGUUCUCACCUGUACCCUUACUAAAAUCCUACUUGAAGGAGGCAAGAAAAGCUUCUUCACCUGUCAAGCCUGGAAAUGCCUCACCCUCUGCUCAGACUGAGGUUAAUGAGCGAGAGUUGACUGCUCUUAAGGCUGUGAUCAAGUGCAUUGAGGAGCAUAACCUUGAGGAGCAAUACCCUAUUGAUCCGCUCCAGAAGCGGGUCCUCCUGUUGGAGAAGGCUAAGGCAGACAAGAAGAGGGCAACUGAAGCUGCAAAGCCUCAACCCAAGAGACCUCGUGCCAAUGGUGCAGGAUAUGGUCCCCGAGUCACUAACGGAGCUGCAGACAAAGCAUUCUAUCCUAGAGUCACAGAUAGGUACCCGCAGUACGUGUAUGACAGACCCUAUGUUUACACUGGACCUGCUGACAACCACGGCCCCUCUCUUCUUGGUUCUGCCACCUACAACUUCUCUCCUAGUCAUGGCAACUACUUUGGAAAUGGCUACCAGUAUCAGGCUCCGUAUCUUCACUAAUUUCCAAACAUGGCUAAAAGGUGACUGCGAUCCUCUCACAUUAGCUGUUAGCCUUAACCCUUGAGUUCCUUCCAUGUUGCAGUGUAUGAAUGGAUUUAGUAUUAAAAAGAAACAAGAAAAAAGAAAAAAAAAAUUGCCUUGUUAAUUUUAAUCUGGUGUACAAGAAGAUAUUUUAAUCCUCUAAUAUAUGCACUUUGUUUUUGUAUGUAAA